AUGUAUACUCCACAAUUUAAAUCAACAGGUUUGAAGGAUGUUUUAUCAUUUUAUUCAACACCUUUGGUUCAAGCAGCAACAGCUAAUAUGAAUAAUUCAUCAUCGUCAACAUUGGUAACAUCACAACCACCAAUACCAACAAUUACAACAACAACUACAACAACAAAUAAUAUAAAUAAUAUUGAAAAUAUUACACCAAAAAAGAAUAUGAAAGAGAAUCAUUUUAGUAAUGGUCCAUUAACAGAUGUUAAAAAUAUUCAACAACAACAACAACAAUCAUCAUCAUCUGAAAAUUCAAGUGAUAAUGAUGAUGAUGAAAAGAAUUUAAAAGUUUUACAUGGUUCAAGUCCAACUAGUAGUCCAAAUUUUAAAAGUCCAAAGAAUAAAACAUUAAAAAUUAAACGUGUAAAGAGUAUUGUAAAUCAUUUACCAGCAAUUAAAUCAAUGGAUGAUGUUGUGAAAUUACAAGAAGAAAUUACUGAAAAUAGAGAUAAAAUUUCAAAUUUACAACAACAAUUAUCAACUGUUCAAAAAGAAAAAACAACAAUUGAAGAAGAGAAAAUUAAUUUAAUUAAACAAUUAAAAGAAUUAGAAGAUAAACAAAAAUCAACAGAGGAUAAAGAAAAAGAAACUAAACAAUUAUUAAUUGAAUCAGAGAAUAAAUUAAAUUUAACAAUUGAAUCGUUACAUCAAGAAUUUGAUUCAAAGAUAUCAACCAUUACAAAUGAACAUACAAUUAAUGAAAAUAAAAAUCAUCAAGAAAUCUUUUCAUUAAAAGAUCAACUCUCAAUUUUACAAUCAAAAAAUCAACAAUCAUUACAACAAUUAGAGAAAAUUCAAAAAGAAAAUCAAGAGAAAUCAAUCUCUAUUCAAAAUGAUAAAUUAUUAAUUGAAAAAUUAGAAUCUGAUUUAAAAAAUUCAAAUCAAAAUAAUUUAGAAAUUAAUUCAACACUUGAUUCAACUCAAGAUACUUUAAAAAGUGUUUCAAAAGAUUUAUUCUUUUCAACUUGUUUAUCAAUUAAAUUAAAUUUAUUAAUGAUUAGUAAACCAUGUAAUUUAUCAACACAAGAUCUUUGGGAACAAGCAGAAGCAUCACAAAUUAGUUCAUCAAAUUAUGCAAAAUGGAUAUCUUUAAAAUUAAAUGAAUAUCAUAAUGAUUUACCACCUUCUUCACCAAUGAAAUCAAUUUAUACAAAUAAAACUACAACUACUACUACAACUACAACUACUUCAAAUAAUUUAUCAAAAUCUCCAAAAAGAAAUGGAAAAAAGAAAUAA